AUGCCUACAGCCAUCAGUUACUUGAAGGCCCCGAAAGGACUCCUGACUCCCAACUGUGUGGAAAACUACUACCAGCUUCUAGUGAAGAAAACAGUUCCUCUGCGACACUACAAAUACUACCACGAGAUACUCACCGAAGAUACUCCUUUUUCUACUAUUAAUAUUCGCUGGAGAAUCGUGGGAGGGGAGAAGAUCUCAAUAGAGGAUGCUCCUUACCAGGUCAUGUACGGGAAAUACUGUGGGGGGGCUCUGCUGGCGCCUCACUGGGUCAUCACGGCAGCGCACUGUAAAACAAGGGAGCAAUAUGUUUACGCCGGUUCAACCCUUCGCAGCGAGGUGUUACCCUACCGUAUCUGCGCCCACUUCAUUCACCCUCAGUGGAACACCUCCAACCUCCACUCCCACGACUAUGACUACCAGCUUCUGCUACUGGAAACCCCUAUCCCAGUCAGCGGUGUCGCUAGACCCAUUGCCAUUGGGUCGAGGAAUGACGUCAGAGCGGGGGUCAUGACUGCGAUUAGUGGAUGGGGACAUUUAGUUUAUAAAAAGAGCACAAUGCAAGACAUCCUCCACCGAGUGACGGUGCCGGUCAUGGAUCAGGAGGAGUGUCGCGCCAUGCCGGCCGGGAACUACGACAAGAUCACGCCCAGGAUGUUCUGCGCAGGAUACGUCAACGGCACCAAGGACUCGUGUCAGGGUGACUCAGGUGGUCCCGUGGUAGCCAACGCCAGGCUGAUCGGGCUGGUGUCGUACGGCGUGGGGUGCGCCGCGCCGCGCCAGCCGGGGGUCUACGCCAAUGUACCCCUGGCCCGACAGUGGAUCAGAUCUGUCACCAACCUUCCGCUUUAGGGGCUGUGGAAUCUUCUUCCUCAGUAAUCAACUUCUCUUUGUAGAAUAAGGUCGCCUUCCUCAAUUAUAUAUUUGUCGGCGGAGCAGACUAAAUACAACUUCAGAUAACGGAGAAGCCGUAGCCUCAGAGCAGGUUCUAAGCUUUACGUGUCAAGGAUGGCAGUUACACAAAGUAACACUUUCAAUCAUCACCGAAUCGAUCGCUUAACUUACUACUAUAGUUCUACCCUCUAACUACAAUAUUGAUCAAGUACAGCGCUGAUACUAUCACAUAUAAGCCAGGGUCAUCUAUCAUAGGGCAGGUAGUCAAGCACGAGCGGAUUUCAGACUUGCAACUGAUGGCAGUUGGGUUAGGGGCCCUUUUACAACGUACGUAGGGAAAACGGAAGCUGGCAGGGCGUUUCAUACAUUUGCAGUGUGUAUAAGAAAUGAUAAACCAAACCGCUGAGUACGUGUCUAUAGGGGACAUCGACGUAGCGAUUUCCAGCUAAAUAAAGGUAAUAUAUUGUCAAAGGGACGAGACCAAACCGUUCCCGAGCAUACUGCCUGACAUAUAUCUUGUAAAAUAUCGAUAGAUGGCAACCUUAUUCCUAAAAUUAAUAAAAAAUGACGUCAUCGCAAAUUUUCCACAAUUGCAAUUGACAGCGGAACAAAUAAAUUCAUACAAAUGUUGUAUGAUCGUCGUUUGUAUUGUCACAAGUGACACACUGUCGGUGCAGAUAAAAGUUGAUUUUUCUUAUGACACACAUUUUUCCCAUUCACAUAUUCAGGCCCUGUCGUACCGCCGACACUAACUGGAAACAUACGGCUGGAUAUUGCGCUUUUGAUCCAUUUUAAUAAUAUUAUUGUUCAAAUCCGGGCCGGGAUAUACACCUACAACUUUUCAGUUGUAUGCAUUUUAAGAAAUUAAAUAUCACUUAAACGGUGAUGGAAAAACAUCGAGAGGAAACCUGCAUACCAGAGAAUUUCCUUAAUUCUCUGCGUGUGUGAAGUCUGCCAAUCCGCAUUGGGCCAGCGUGGUGACUAUUGGCCUAACCCCUCUCAUUUUGAGUGCAGACUUGAGUUUAGCAGUGAACCGAAUAUAGGUUGAUAAUGAUGAUGAUGAUGAUUAAUGGUAAAGUUAGUGGGCAGGAAUAAGUUAGCCCGCCAACGCGCAUUGGAACAUCGUGUUGGGUAAACUCCAUAUCCCAUCAAAUUUAUGGAGAGAGGUCCGGUUAUGUAGUGGUCUGUUAUAUGAAAUGCAAUGCAUCUUACACUAUAUCCCUCUAAAGUACCCCAGAUAAAGUAAUGUAAUAUUAUGUGUAACAACUAAAUUAAUUAUGUAGGUAUAAAUAAGUUUAAUGUAAGAAAAUAUAUAUUAUAAAUUGAUAAUAUGUAGUUUAGUAUAUACUCGCAG